AUGUUUAGCAGUAUUUAGCUUGUGCAUAACACUCGUACACUAUUUUCUGAGUAAUACAGCCAACAAACAUGGCGAUAUUUAGUAAAUUUGGUAAAAUUUUAUCUCAAUUAACGCUAAAUAAUAAUUUAAAUAAACAAUAUAAUAAAAAAUGUAAUUAUAAUAUGAUAAGUUUCAUGAAAACAAGUGUUGUAAUUUUAACUUUUGGUUCGGUUAUAUUUUUUGUUGGUAAAAAUUAUAACAUCGUAAAUGUUGUCCACGCAGCUAAACCGCGCAAGCGUGAUGACGAUGCCCCAAGGGCUGUUAAAUUCACUAUGCGAGAAAGAAGAUUUAUAAAAUUCGCAUCGGUUGAUGUUCAUGGUCAGAUAUACAUGACACCACAGGAUUUUCUUGACAGUGUCGUUGAAUCAGAGCCAAGACCAAGACACAAGAGACGAGUGCUUACUGAAAGAGAAUUAGAAAUAAUAAAAAAUACAACUCCUGUAUUACGAAGUGGAGGUCCUCAUUUAUUCAGAACAAUCAAAGAAAAAGGAAUUGUAUCGUACACGGAAUAUUUGUUUCUACUUUCAAUACUUACAAAACCACAAACUGGAUUUCGAAUAGCAUUUAAUAUGUUUGAUACUGAUGGUAAUGAAAGAGUCGACAAGAAUGAAUUUCUUGUGAUCAGAAGACUCUUUAGUUACGGAGUAAAGGAACGAAAAAGCAAAGAGGCUCUUGAUGCCAUGGAAAAUAUAUUUAGUCAUGCUUGGAAAGGACGACAUGGUGUUGAACAACUUGAAGCUGACAAAAAAAUAUCAUCUGGUGAUUUAUCAACUAUUGAAGAUUAUGAUCAAGGUUUAUUACGACGUGAUGGUAUUGAUACAUCAUUGAUGAUACAUUUUUUUGGUAAAGAUGGUAAAUACGAGCUUCAAUAUGAAGGUUUUCGUCAAUUUAUGGAAAAUUUACAAUUUGAAGUACUUCAAUUGGAAUUUGGUGAAUUUAGUAAAGGACAAGAUACAAUAACUGAAUUAGAUUUUGCUAAAAUUUUAUUGAGAUAUACUUAUCUUGAUACAGAUGAAUAUGAUAAAUAUUUAGAAAGAUUACUUGAUCGUUUACAGCAUCAAACAAAUAUUAAUUUUGAUGAAUUCCAGAUAUUUUAUCAAUUUUUAAAUAGCCUUGAUGAUUUUUCAAUAGCAAUGAGAAUGUAUACCCUUGCAAAUCAUCCAAUAUCAAAAGAUGAAUUUAUGAGAGCUGUUAAAAUAUGUACUGGUACAUGUAUAUCAAAACACAUUAUCGACACGGUGUUUGCCUUGUUUGAUGUUGACGGAGAUGGACAAUUAUCCUACGAGGAAUUCAUUGCAAUUAUGAAGGAUAGAUUACAUCGUGGCUUCAAGACACAACCAAGAAGUGAAGGCUGGGAAGCAUUUAAACAGUGUGUUAAACAAGAAAUCAAAGGACCUUAAAACACCUUCAUGUCGAUUAAACUAUAUUUAAAUUUAAUUUACAAUAAAAAAUAUAUGAAAAAAAUUAUUAUUCAAGAAAAUAAGUGUAAUUUUGUGAUACCAAUACUCAAAUACUUUUAGUACCUUUAUUUAUUAUUUUUAAUUAAUUUAUUAUGAUCCUGUUAAUAUCAUACUUUAAAUGAAAAAAAAUAAAAAAAUAAAUAAAAAUCACUAUAUAUGAAAAAUAAAAAUAUAUAAUUAAUAAAAAUAGAAGAAAAAAAAUUGAAAUUUUAUAUAGAAAUAAUUUAUAUUUCCUUUCCUAAUAAAUAUAAAAUUUAAAAACUUG